ACAAAAGAAGGAAACAAAAAGCGUCUCUGUGGCUUCGUUUGUGUGCGUCAAUCUAUAGAAGCAAUCGCUUUUCCCUUUCCUUGAAAAAGCUCGGAGCUCUCUCCUCCUCCGUCAACCACCGGUGAUCUCCUCCUCUUAUCUCCGGUUCUGAAUGGGGAAAAUCAAGAAAGUGAAACGUAAGGCUCACGUUACUGCUCCUUACCAAUCACCACCGUCUCGUUGCAAGAAAGAAUGGUCUGGCUCAACAUGCCCCGUAUGUUUGGAGUCACCACACAACGCUGUUCUUCUCCUCUGCUCCUCCUAUCACAAAGGAUGCCGUCCUUACAUGUGCGCAACGAGCACACGUUUCUCCAACUGCCUCGACCAGUACAGAAAAUCACACGGCAACGAACAGCUAGCUCUUUUGUGUCCGUUGUGCAGAGGUCAAGUGAAAGGCUGGACUGUCGUCGAAGACGCCCGAGUGCAUUUCAACUCCAAGAGAAGGACUUGUAUGCAGGAGAAAUGUUCAUUCGUGGGGAACUUCAAGAAGCUGAAGAAACACAUGAAGGAAAAGCACCCGCAUGCUUGCCCUAGAGCCGUUGAUCCAGCUCUGGAAACGAAAUGGAAGAGGCUCGAGAGGGAAAGAGACAGAAGAGACGUGAUCAGCACGAUAAUGUCGUCGACGCCAGGUGCUGUUGUGUUGGGAGAUUAUGUCAUAGAGCCGCGUCGUGGUGGAGCUGUUUAUGAUGAAGAAGAUUACAGCUCGGAUGAUUCUCUGAGCAACAACGGCGUAUUGGAUUUAGAUUCAUGGCAAGGACAAGGACAAGGACAGAACCGUCAUAUUAGGUUUAUCGAUACGGAUUCAAGCGACUUCGCAUCAUCUUCACGGUCUCCUGCUCCUUUAAGCCGUUGACGGUUGCUCUUCUUCCAUAGGAACCAGAGAGGUGGCAGUAAAGGUCGGUAACUGUUAACUUAACUGAAUCAGUUUCUUCUCUAGCAUUACGACUUCAAAAUUGCAGGAGCAGUAUAAAAAUGCUAACAUGAUUCAUACAGGGAAUUGAAUAAACUCGCUCUUGUCCCUUUUUAAAAAUUUAUUUUCGUGUAAAUAUGUAUUUUCUGUAAUUGUAUUUCUUGUUGUUUCUGCAUUGUUGUACUCUUAGUGAGGCAUGUGAUCUUAUGCCUUUUUCCAGUUUC